AUGCCAUUCGAUAUAAGCUAUGAAGAAAUUUGCUCCAAAUUCGAUCGGCUGAUCUCGAAUGGCAUCAUUCAGUACCAGCCUAGUCACCCGGUUCUCGUUACUGACAACGGCAUGACUUUUUGUUUCACUGUGGUUGAGGCACUAAAGGAAAAACCACAGGCUGGGGAGGCCUUCAAGAGCGCCCAGUCGAAUCUUGGUGAUGGCACCGAUGCACAGCCCGAAACGUUCGGCCCAGGAAGUGAUUUGGCAUUCGAUCAUCCAGAUAUCUGCAUCACUAGGGUCAAUGAGACUCAUUUCCUCGUGAUCAAUAAAUUCCCGGUGUACCGACCGAUGCUACUUCUCCUGACGAUUGAUUCAUAUCGUCGACAGUUUGAGUUGCUUAAUGCCGAGGAUAUUGAAGCCGCGUGGAACCUUGUGUGCGGACUUGACGUAGAGCAUUUUGCGUUUUUCAACUGUACAGUCACAGCGGGGUCUAGCAGGGCACAUAAGCACCUACAAGUCAUUCCUGCUCCAGGUGCCAAUGACGGAUAUGCAGACGGAUUCAGAUUCUUUCCAGACUAUGACCCGGGGCCACAGGAAGGUGGGCCGUCCUGCGUCUACUUUUUGCAGAGAUUUGAAGACCCCCCGGAAGGUCAAGUGAAGACUAGCCAACAGCUUAUGGAGACAUAUCUACGGCUUUUGCAACAAACACGUGAAGCAUUGAAUAUCAAGGACGGCCAGUGUCCCCAUAAUUGGAUUCUCACAAAACGAUGGAUGAUGAUUAUCCCUCGACGGAACAGAGACUACAAAGGACUUAGUGGAAACGCACCUGGAAUGAUUGGAUCGGUUUACGUCUCAAAUCAGAGUGAAUUUGAUGCAUGGAAGGAGGCUGGACCUCAAAGAGUUUUGGCAGGGUUAGGCCUUCCCCGAGCAGACUCGGAGUCUUGA